CUGACAUCUCGGCCAUCGGCGCAACAUCUGAGAUGCGUUUCCCAAAGCGGUAAGGCCUGCAAAAUGACGCGCCGCUCCGCAAGCAACUUUUUGCUUUCUCCCCGACAGCCCCAUUACUCUUCCCAGCUGGUCUCGCGCAGUUGCGCACUUCCUCUAAAUCGUCUCAAUGGGCCAAGGACAGUCUCAAGAGGUUCCUGACGGGGCCAUCAAGCUCCCAAAAGGCAAUGACCACGCCCAUAAUGUGAGCCCAGAAGCCGACCGGUCCCCAAAAGAUAAAACAAAAUCGAAGCGGAAGAGAGAGGUUUCUCCAAAUGGCACCAAGCGGGGCCCAGUUCCACCACCUCAGCCGCAGCACGAACAUAGCUCUCGUCCAUCGAAACGAAAGCGCAUACCUGAUCCAGCGAAAAAGGAGAAUAGCGCUCGCAGGGCAGAUGGGGAACUUCCAGUCAAGGAGAAUGGCGCAGCUGAAACCCGGGUUCCUGAACAGCCCGCGAAGUCGAAAUCGCACUCUUCUCAAAAGCGCGAGGCAAAGCAAAGCUCUGAGUCGCGGCACAAGUCGAAAGAGCCGGCUAAAGCAACUACGUCGUUACCAGAACGUCCUUCAACACCAAAGCUGCCGCCACCAUCGAGCUCGAGAGAACUGGCAAAAUCAACCACAACAGCAUUGCCAGAAAGAAAUCUCACAAACCAAUCCAUAAAGCCCAAUCGUACCGAAAGUGCUGCGAAAAAUGAAAAGCUGACGGGCUUCUUCACCUCUGAGGAAGUGCAAAAACUGGAGAACUUUAAGCUCAACUUCUGCAACACCCAUGGACUCUCAGCAGACAAUUUUGACCGGAUGGUCCAGCACUCCGAUCGCGACAAGGGCGUGGAAUUUCCUUGUGACUCGGAUAUCGUCACUAAGCCGGAAUUUUGGAAGACCAUCUACGAGAUAAUCCCCAUGCGAGACCAGAGAUCAGUCUACCGUUUCAUGAGACGACACUUCCAAGCUUCCACUCAAAAACCGCACCAAUGGUCCCACGAACAAGACGACGAACUUGUCUCAAUGCACACACGCUACGGUCCUAAAUGGGCCUACAUCGCCAAGCUCCUCGGCCGCAGCGACGACGAUGUCGUGCAGAGAUGGAAGAACCGCCUUGAACACCGAGCUACCAUGCUGCGCGGCUCGUGGUCUGCAGACGAGAUCCGUUGUCUUCAAGGUGCGCUUCGGGAUACAUGGAAGGCGAAUAAGAAAGCCGGCUAUGACACAGGCAAGGAUAUCUACGAGAUGGAAGAGAUGCUCAUCGGAUGGGGACAAAUCAGCACUCGUAUGGAGCAUGUCCGCUCGAGACAGCAGUGCGCGGAUAAAUGGCGCAGAAUCCGGCGCAAGGUUCUCGAACAGCGGAACAGAGGCAAUCCUGAUGCUACAUAUGAGCCUACGGCGGAGCUGCGUUCUCCUAAGAAGCAGAAAAACCCCAAGCCGUCGCCUGCCACUGACACGCCUAAGGAGGAUCCCAAGUAUAAGAGUGCUGAAUAUGUGGACUCUGAUGAAGAGGAUGAGGAGGGCGAGCGGGAUGCAAGCACUGCUGCGCCUUCGCCUUCAAGAGGGACGCCAUCCAAGAAACCCUCUGUCAUCAACAUGUUUGUGAAAAAGCAGGCGAAUGGUUCUCUAGAGAAGUCCAAGGCUACGCCAGAAUCGGCGCCCGAAUCUGAAUCUGAGACCGGCUCUGAAACAGAUACAAGCUCCGAGUCGGAGUCGGACGACAACGACAACGACGCAGACCAACCCGCUACAGACAAGAACAGCAAGUCUACAAAGGCACCCGAACCGAAACCUGCAUCCAAGAACCAAACAUCUCCUUCUAAAGACCAAAAAUCAACCCCUCAAAAACCGGCAGUCAACUGGUCCAAGAGAAGAAGACAAGAGCAAGAACAAAGCUUCUUCAAAGAAGGACACGUCUGCCAGUGGAAGCUCAUCUGAAUCUGAUGCUGAAUCUGAAUCCGGAUCCGGAUCCGAGUCCGGCUCUGAAUCAGACUCGAGCAGCGAGCCUGAAGCUGAAGAUAAGAAGACAACGCAGAG